AUGUUUCUAUUCCUAUCAUCGGUACCAUUGCAUCUCCUGUUCAACUCGGUCGUUUUCACACAGCUCCAGGCAAAUGAAUAUUCUGUUGUCCCUACUAUGGAAGACUGGAUUCAAGGGGGAGAGUAUAAUCUUGAAAAUUUCGACGAUUUAGCGCUCGAGAGUAGUUUGCAGAACAAAAUCUGGAUAAGAGAGUUCGAACAGUAUCGCGUCCAGCUUGACGAUACAGUGAAACUGAGCAAUGGGACUACUGUACCCAAGUACCAGAACAUGACUGCAGCGGAGUGCUUCAGCAAGUACGGUAAUCACUACGUUUCAGACGUUGGUAAUGUCUACCUGGUCCAAGCACAGCCAACAGUAUGGAAAAACCCCGGAAAAUCGGAACUCCGCCGAUUAGAAGGGGGAGGGUUUGAAUGGGCACAAAUCACAAACGAUUCAUCGAUCCUUGACGACCGGAAUGGCACGUACCACCGAGUGGACUUCAAUGCUACCCUCCCCUUUCCAAGCUCACCGCGCAGAUACCCAUCUAAUUUAUGGCGGUGUCAGUCGCACACAUCAACUGGAUGUGAUCCGGAUGACGAAAGCGAGAUCCCACGAGAUAGGUCGCAAUGGAAGCCGUACGGAAGCGAUCUAUCAUACUGUCUAGUUGAACAGGUCGAAGAGUUCUGCGAGCUACAAUUCAGCUUCGCGAUUGCGAUUCUGGUAAUCAUAUCCAACCUGGUCAAAGCCACUUGCAUGGCCAUUGCCCUCUGGAAAUGUGGAGGCCAUGGCGCAUUCGUAACCAUUGGGGAUGCCAUUGCCAGUUUUCUUGACAACCCGGAUCCCUCGACGAGCGGACGCUGUCUGCAAACCCGGCGUCAUGUUGAGUUGUGGUGGGAUUGGAACGAAUGGGCCAUGGGCAACUCAGAUAUUGCAAUGAAAAGAGAUCGCAGAAGGUUCAGGUCAAGAAGACGUAAAUGGGCAAUGGCGCCUAGCGAAAGGAGAUGGGUUGCUACGUACUGGUCUUACAGCGUCUUGUUCAUAGCGGGCAUUCCCCUAACAGUGCUAGCAUUGAAAAACAUGCCCCGGGACCCGAAAAAAUUGUGGGAAACUGGAUUUGGCACCAUACAGGGCAACAACCUACUCAACUUUGACACAUCGCUCAUGGGCGGCGUGCUCCUCGCCAAUACGCCCCAAGCGCUCCUUUCUUACAUGUAUCUCGCUUUCAACGCGCUCUACACAACCAUGUUCAUCUCGUCGGAAUGGGCGAGUUACAGUGUUCAGCGCAAGCCCUUGCGCGUCACAUCGCCUGUGGGCCAGCAGCGCCAUACAUACUGGCUCGGCGUGCCGUACCGCUACGCAAUACCAGUGACGCUGGUGUCUGGACUCUUCCACUGGCUCGCCUCGCAAAGUCUGUUCAAGGUACAGAUUUCCGUUACUGACAUGUUCACACGACAGGUCAAGGAUCAUAUCUCGACAUGUGGAUACUCGCCCGUUCCUAUCAUGCUGACAAUGGCGGUUGCGACUGUUGUUGGGGGAUCUGGCAUUGCUAUCAGUAGGAUAAGUUUCCCAUCAGGCAUGCCUCUGGCGGCUAGCAACUCGGCGGCGAUCAGUGCUGCGUGCCAUCCGCCAAAGGAAGAUAGCGAUGCCAGUGUCCUGCCUGUGCAAUGGGGCGCGGUUAGUCAUGAAAAUGACGGGGAAUUUACUCGAGAUGAGAAUGUCGGGCAUUGCUGUUUUACGAGUUUUCCAGUUGAGCCUCCGAUCGAGGGGCAUUUGUAUCAAUAGAGGAUCACUUCCACCUUGGCCUAGAACAAACAUCAAGAUCCGAAUAAAAUCAAAUAUCUGAGGUAAGAAGCACA